UCUCAGCUUUCUGUUUCCCCUCAAUGAAAAAACAGAGAAAGAAAAGAAGCCAGAGACCUUCAUUGCUAUCUAACAACUGAUACUUCUGAUGACAGUGGCCUUUUUUUCUCUUCCUUUCGUAUUCAUCAUCAGUCUGUUGAUAGGAGGACAUGAAGUACUCGUUAAUGGCCUUGGCUCUGCCUCCACCAUUACCGUCAUCUAUGGAACUGCCACCUUUUGUGGAAUCAUUGCAGGCGAACCCACACAGAGAAUUCAAUGCUUCCAGGACGGAAAGAACAUUUCAGUACAACCCAAAGUCUCCUUUGAGUCCAUAUCAGGUGGGUUUAGCUUCUUUUGUGGUCUUAGGUCCGGUGGAUACAGCAUCCUUUGUUGGGACACCACACCAACCACCUUCAACUUAACCUUUCAGCCAAAACGCAUAUACUUCAACUACAGCAUCAGAUUGACUGAUCUGACAGUUGGGUAUGACCAUCUGUGUGCUAGAGAGAUCAAUUCUGGUGUUGCAAGGUGUUGGAGAGGAGGGGAGAAUGGUAGGUCUCUAGUUUUAUCACCUGGGUCUGAUUUGAGGUUCAGUACAAUCACUUCUGGGAGAGGGUUUUCUUGUGGGAUUUUGAGGAAUAACAGUAGAGUAUCUUGUUGGGGUAAUAGAGAUAUAGGAGCAGAGAUUCAAAACCUGAUUGGAAACUUGACAAUGUCGAACUUAGUUGCUGGAGAUUCACAUGUUUGUGGGAUAACCAGAACUGGGAUUUUGGUUUGUCAAGGGAGGAAUGAGUCUGGGCAAUUGGAUGUUCCUUUUAGUUCAGCUUAUGAGUUCUCUGAUCUCGCAUUGGGAGCAAAUUUCAGUUGCGCUAUUAGGCAGAGGAAUGGAUUAGUACUAUGUUGGGGAGGAAGAGGCAGAACACAAUUCAAUAAUGAUCUAACAGAAACUGUUUCAUUCGAGUCUAUUGUCGCUGGUUCGAAUAUUGUUUGUGGGAUUUCAACAAGAAAUCUUUCCAUGACAUGUUGGGGGCCUGAGUGGUCUGCUGAAAAUUCUACAGGAAAUGAAGUUCCAUUUGGAAUGGUAAUUCCAGGGCCAUGUGUACAGUCUUUGUGUAACAAAUGUGGCAUGUAUCCAAAUUCUGAGGUUUUGUGUGAUGGAUCUGGAAAUAUCUGCAAGGCAUGCCAAACUGAGCUCCCUGUUGCAGUGCCUUUGCCACCCAAAACUCCACCACCUUCUCCACCAGCAAAGGGUAUGAGCAAGCUUUCUUUGGUUUUUCUGAUUGUUGGUUCUGUUGGAGCAUUUUUUGGCAUUUGCAGUGUUGUUUAUUGUUUAUGGAUUGGGGCUUGUGGGUUCUUACUUGGUAGAAAUCACAAUUCUGUGCAACCUGCAACUAUGGAUGCCAUGGCGGAUACUUCUGCUGUGCCUGAAAUUGGUCCUAAUUACCCACCUCUAAGGUCGUUUUCGAUCCGCGCACCGAGCUUGCGUUCUUCAAGGCGCCAGAUGAGUGGGUCAUCAUCGAGGUAUGCGGACAAGACUGAGAAUUUUUCACUAUCAGAGCUGGCCGCUGCUACCAACAACUUCUCAUUGGAAAACAAAAUUGGCAGUGGAAGUUUUGGCAUUGUCUACAAAGGCAAGCUAGCUGAUGGUCGUGAAGUAGCCAUCAAAAGAGGAGAGAAAGAUGCCAAGGCCAAGAAGUUCCAGGAAAAAGAAAGCGCGUUCGAUUCAGAAUUAGCCCUUCUAUCGCGACUGCACCACAAGCACUUAGUCAGUCUCAUUGGAUAUUGCGAGGAAAACAACGAGAGGCUUUUGGUUUAUGAGUACAUGAACAAUGGUGCAGUGCAUGAUCACUUGCAUGGCAAAAACAACACCGAAAAGGGUAGCAGCAUUUUGAAUUCCUGGAGAAGGAGGAUCAAAAUCGCAUUGGAUGCUGCAAGAGGGAUUGAGUAUCUUCAUAACUAUGCAGUGCCACCAAUAAUCCACAGAGACAUUAAGUCCUCAAAUAUACUCCUAGAUGCUAAUUGGACUGCCAGAGUAUCUGAUUUUGGAUUAUCACUAAUGGGACCUGAAUCCGACCAAGAAUUCAUGUCUACAAAAGCAGUUGGAACUGUCGGGUACAUCGAUCCCGAGUACUUUGUACUGAAUGUAUUGACAGCAAAGAGUGAUGUCUAUGGAUUAGGGAUAGUUCUGUUAGAGCUUUUGACAGGGAGGAGAGCAGUGUUCAAGAAUGAAGAAGAAGGAACUGGUCCAAUGGGUGUGGUGGAGUAUGCUAGGCCAUUGAUAUAUGCAGGAGAUCUGCAAAAGGUGUUGGAUAAUAGGGUAGGUCCUCCAGAGACACAUGAGACCGAGGCAGUUGAAUUGAUGGCUUACACUGCCUUGCAUUGUGUCAAUUUGGAAGGUAAGGAAAGGCCUAACAUGAUUGACAUUGUUGCCAAUUUGGAGAGGGCAUUGGCUCUUUGUGAGGAGACCCGUCCUAGCUUCUCUACUACUACAUUGUCCACUCCAUCGGAUUGAAUUUCUCCAUAUCAAGAAAAUAAUUCAUGCACAUUUUUUUGAUUCUUUUCCUUCAGAAUCCUCAUUUUUUUUUCCCCUCUUUUGAGUUGUGCA